AUGGUGUUGAUAAACAAUUUAAUUGGUAACUUUGGGAAGUAUCAUCUAUGGCUCACUUUUAUUAUUCUCGUUAAUAAAUUUGGCGUUGGUUUGCAUCAAAUGGCUAUUAUAUUCCUCGCUCCUCCGACACAGUUCACGUGUCAGGAUAAAAGCGAAUGCUGCGAUAAUCCCAUUUAUAAUACAACUCUAUUCAAAAGAACAAUUAUAACAGAAUGGAACUUAAUUUGCAAAGAUUCUUGGCUUAAAGACUUCACACAGACAGUUUUCCAAUUUGGUGUUCUCAUUGGCAGUUUAAUAUUUGGUGCCGCUUCAGAUAGAUAUGGCAGAAGAAAAACUUUAAUUUUUGCAGUAGUUAUGGAAUCGCUGACCGGUAUUAUUGCUUCUUUUCUUCCCGAUUUUUGGAGUUUCACAAUAAUCAGAAUGUUUUUGGGAAUAUCUGUUGGAGGCAUUAUGGUAAUCGGAUUUGUCCUGCUCAUGGAAUACGUUGGGAUUAUGUACAGAGAUGCGUUGUCGGCGUUGUUUCAUGUCCCAUUCACUAUGGGACAUAUCGCACUGGCUCUAUUUGGAUAUUACAUAAGAGAUUACACGCAUCUACAGCUGGCGAUAUCUGUAGUAAACAUGGUUCUUCUUUUCUAUAUUUGCUUUUUACCAGAAUCGCCUCGAUGGCUUUUAGCUAUUAAUAAAUCUUCAAAGGCGAUUGCUUUAAUGGAACGGGUUGCAAAAUUCAAUAACCUACCUACAGAUGAAAUCCCAACAAUGACCGAGUUGUAUCAAAUGGAACAUAAAUCUGCAAGGAUGAAGCGCGGUUCAAUAUUGGAUUUAUUCAGAACUCCUAACAUGCGAAGGAAUAUUUUGAUAAUGGCAUUUUUAUGGCUCGUCUGCAGCUACUGUUUCUACGGCGUUGCCCACUACAUUAGCCAUCUCACCGGCGAUAUUUACACGAACGUCAUUGCUAGCGGCAGCGUCGCGCUCUGCUCGUGUUUCAUAUCUAUACCACUUAUUAGGUUUUUAAGAAGGAAAACUUUGGUCAUCGCUUCGGAGUUAGCUAGCAGUAUAUGUUUGAUAUUGAUUGCAUUCGUCCCAGAGGGCACAAUUUCAAUCGUUCUGGGUUGUACCGGUGUAUUCUUUACGUUCAUGGUAUUUAUUGUAGUGUAUCUAUACUGUUCUGAAAUGUUUCCUACGGUAGUGCGGAACGCUGCAAUUGGUAUAUGUUCGAUGAUGGCUCGCGUAGGCUCAAUGAUUGCACCGUUCAUCGCCGGAUUGAGACCCUUUGGAAUUUGGUGUGCUCCGGUCGCCUUUGGAAUCUUUCCUCUCAUCUCCGCUGUAUUGUGUUUAUUUCUCCCAGAAACAAAGAAUUGCGAGUUGCCGAUGACUAUAGAAGAGGGCGAAGCUCUUGGUCGCAAUCAAAAUCAAAAUGUAACCGUGGCAGAAGAUUUGACAUGA